GGCAAGUUUAAACAAAUGGAGAUAUUGGGCUGACCAACAGCUAUGUUGUUGCUGUAAACAACUUCUGACUUUCCAGUAUACUUACGGCAGGGUACAUUGAGGAACUCAGAACAAUAGUGCUGUUUAGGUGUAGGCAAUCCUUAAUGUCAGUGGUAUGGGACAUCAGGUGAUAAUAUUCGACUUUUCUGCCAUAAGAAGUAUGUGGGAGAUUCGGGUUAAGAAGCACAAAGAACAACUAAAAAAGGAGAAGGAAAGACUGGCCCAAAGUUCAUUAGAAAAGAUAAAGCAAGAAUGGGACAUUUUGCUAGAGUGCAGAAGAAAAGGCAUUCCACAAGCUACAUAUCUGAAGAAUGGGUUCAUAAGCACUAACCACAUUUUGGAUAAGCUUGAACAGAACUCACUGCUCUUUAAGAAGAUUGCCUUAUUGAAUGAAACACAGAAAGAAAGAAACAGGUUUAUUUUUCAGCUUUCAGGGGCAGACUGGACGGAGUUUCCAGAUUCAUUGAAGGAACAGACGUAUCUGAAAGAAUGGCAUGUAAACAACACCAAGAUCACAACCAUUCCAGCUUACAUUGCCCUAUUUCAGGAACUGAGAAUACUACAGUUAUCCAGUAACCAGAUUACAGAUCUACCUGUUGAAAUUGGUUGUUUAAAAAAGCUAAAAGAACUCAAUAUCAGUUUUAACUGUUUGAAGACAAUUCCUCCUGAACUUGGAGACUGUGAAAAUCUGGAAAAACUUGAUUUGUCUGGAAAUCUUGAGCUAGAGGAGCUACCAUUUGAACUAAGUAACUUGAAACAAAUGACAUAUGUAGAUGUGUCAGCAAACAAAUUUCCCUCAAUUCCAAUAUGUGUGCUUCGGAUGUCAAGUUUGGAGUGGUUGGAUAUUAGCAGCAAUAACCUCAAAGAUCUCCCACAAGACAUUGAUAGGCUAGAAGAAUUACAAACCCUUCUCCUGCAGAAAAACAAGUUGACUUACCUUCCACAAUCUUUGGUCAAUUUGCCAAAACUCAGUUUACUGGUGGUAAGUGGUGACGAUUUGGUCCAGAUGCCCACAGCUAUCUGUGAAUCAACCACAGGUUUAAAAUUUAUAAGCCUCAAGGAUAACCCUCUGGAAACAACCUCAUUUCAAGAGACUGUAGAAAUAACUGAAAGUGAUCGUGAUCGUGAGCAGUUUGAAAAAGAAUUUAUGAAAGCUUAUAUUACAGAUCUAAGAGAAAGAGAGUCUGCUCCUUGCUAUACUACAAAAGUGUCAUUUAGUCUCCAAAUCUGAGCCUGGAUUUGCACAUCACUGAAAAAUCCCAACAUUUAAUUUUGCCAAAACAAACAGGAAAACAUCAUUAGCAAAAUACCAGCAUAAACACUACUGCACACUGGUCUUUUCUUUUUAAAUUGUUUUCCAAAACUACUUGUAGUUGUCUGGGCUAUUAUGUGAUAGUUACAGCCAGCAUGAUUAAAACUACCUUUUCAAAAUAUUUCAUACAAGAAAAUCACAGAUAAGUUGAUAUUUUAAGGUGUGUGGGCAUAAGUUCUUUUAGACCAAGCAGUGGGCACUUUCACAUAUAUAAUGUCUAUUCAGAUGAAUAUAUACCCUCGCUCCUGAGCAUUGUAAAAAUCCCAAAUAAAUUGCUUUCUAGGAAAAACGUACUAGUGCCAAGCAUUAAAAAGGUGUAUUUGACUCCCAAAAACACACACAAUACCUGUGCUUGGGAAAGGGCUAGUGGAAGAGCCUUUGCUUUGCAUGCAGGAGGUCAAGGUUCAAUCACGGCAUGUCUAGUUAAAAGGGCAGGUAGGAGGUGCUGUGAAAGAGCUUUCCCUGAGACCCUGGAGAGAUGCUAUCAGUUUCAGAAGACAAUACUGACCUUGAUGUACUGGUGGUCUGAUUCAGUAUAAGCCAGUUUUGUGCGUGUGCAGGCUGCAAAAAGAUGUUACUAUCAAAUCAGCCAAUGUGGCACAUAAAUCCCUAUGCUCUUGGGAACCACUUUCCCAAAAGACCUUUCUUUCUGCUUUCUGUUUAGUGUUACAGUCGCUGGGGGAAACUGUUGUCUGGACUUGGUUAAUGGCAGGUUUUUUCCUGUAAUUGUAAGCUAGGAGAAAAGGUGAUUGUUUUCAGUUAACUUGUUUACCGUGCUGUUUACAGAAUUCUUUCCCCCCAUGCCAGCUUGUAGUUGAAAUAAUGGUCAAAAAUAGAGCCCUGCAUGCAUACACCAGAUCUGUGCACAAAUGUGAGGGAGGUUCAUUGAUUUUUUUUCUAUUGCAGCUGCAGAGUCCUCUUGUGUCCAACAACUUUUUAAACUCAAGAGAGUUUAAGAAAACAAUUUGAGUGGAUGCAGUAGUGACAGAAGUGAAUUAAAAACAUCCAUGCCUCCAUUCUAUUAGCUGGAAUGUGGACUGUUUUAAUUCUUGAAACAAUCUCCUUUGACACAUCUGAAGCUGCUUUUUAAACUCCCCCAACUGUCUUGGAAUAUAGUAGGGAAACAGGUCUGUUAUUUCAGAUGCUUUUAAGAUUGUUUAAGAAUAAUAUUUAAGGUUGUCGACUUUGGCAUGGGUUGCUUGUUAUGCUUCUCACAUCAUUUUGAUGUGCAGAAAAGAGCAGGUAAAGCUUUCCAUGACAAGAAGUCUGCAUACCAAGGUUCUGCUAAUUACAGAGACUACUUGAAAAGUGGACAGUCUGAUAAACACAGUCACAAUUUUGAAAAAUACAGUAGAAUUUUAUGAGAAGCAAGAGUUCAGAAAAUGCAGUUCAAUUUAAAGAAAAGUUGGAAUGAUAUUAAAAAUAAAGCACUUUUAUUUGUAUUAAUAAUUCUGAAUAAUAGUUUUUUUUUGUAUAUGACUGUGCAAAUAUCAUCACUAUAAUUUAAGUUUUGUGGUCUGUAAUGUCUUUGUGUAAAUGUACAGUAGACUUUUAAAUAAUUUUGUUUUGCAUUGCCCUUUUUCAUUCAAUAAAUAAAUUAUAUUGUUUUGCAUUGUGAAA